AUGAGAAAGGCAGCGUCGACGGCGACGGCGGGGGCGGGGGCUACCUUCCGCCGCCGCGCGAUGGAGGGGCUGGCGACCGUGCUGCUCCUGUACGCGCUCCUCGUGCUCGCCCUCGAGUCACCGCUCGUCUCCACCUCGCCAUUCGGUGGCGCCGCGGGCGGUACAGCGCGGAAGCUCCACCUCUCCUUCGGCGCGGGCGAGCGCGCGACGCCCGCGCGCCCCACGUCGGCGUCCGUCCCCGGCGCGUCGGCGCACGGGCAGGAUCAUCGGCUCUCCCGCUUCGCCACCGGCCUCGACGUCCGCCUCCUCGACUCCGCCCGCUCCGGCGCGCUCCGCCGGUCCAUAGCGGACGCCGUCGCGGCGGGUGCCCGCGCGUUCUCCGACCUCGAGGCCCUCGACCCCGCCGCCGUCGCCACGCCCUCCGGCGAGAGCGACGCGGCCAGGUGCCCGCACUCGAUCGCGCUCACCGCGGAGGAGCUCGGCGCGCGGGGCCGCGUGGUGGAGCUGCCCUGCGGGCUCGCGCUGGGGUCCCACAUCACGGUCGCCGCGACGCCCCGGGCGCCGCACGAGGAGCGGAACCCCGCGAUCGCGGUGCUCAGGGACGGGGAGCGGCACGCCAUGGUGUCUCAGUUCAUGGUGGAGCUGCAGGGGCUCAGGGCGGUCGACGGCGAGGACCCGCCUCGCGUGCUCCACUUCAACCCGCGCCUCCGCGGGGACUGGAGCGGCCACCCGGUGAUCGAGCAGAACACCUGCUACCGCAUGAGCUGGGGCGCCGCGCAGCGCUGCGAUGGAUGGAGGUCACGCCCGGAUGAGGAGACUGUGGAUGGGUUGGUCAAGUGCGAGAAGUGGAUUAGGGACGAUGAUGACAGGUUGGAGAAAUCGAAGACAACAUCAAAGACGGCAUGGUGGCUGAAUCGGCUGAUCGGGCAGAAAGAGGAGGUCAAUUUCGGUUGGCCAUUUCCUUUCGUGGAGGGCAGGCUCUUUGUUCUUACUCUCAGUGCUGGGUUGGAGGGUUACCAUGUGAGCGUUGAUGGGCGACAUGUCACUUCGUUUCCUUACCGCACUGGGUUUGUGUUGGAGGACGCUACAGGCCUGUCACUGAAUGGGGACCUAGAUGUGCAUUCAGUGAUUGUAGGGUCUUUGCCCACUACACACCCAAGUUUUGCGCCACAGAAUUAUCUGGAGUUUUCUACUGUUUGGCAGGCUCCUCUGCUGCCUGAUGAGCCAGUUGAGAUUUUCAUUGGCAUUCUGUCAGCAGCCAAUCAUUUCGCUGAACGUAUGGGUGUGAGGAAGACAUGGAUGUCUGCUGUCCACAAGUCACCAAACAUGGUGGCUCGUUUCUUUGUUGCACUGCAUGGCAGAACGGAAGUGAAUGCGGAGUUGAAGAAGGAAGCUGAAUUUUUUCGGGACAUUGUUUUUGUGCCCUUCCUAGACAACUAUGAUCUUGUUGUUAUGAAGACUCUUGCAAUAUGCGAGUAUGGGGUAUGGCAGAGAAUUUCUUGUUGUUUGAACUAAAUCUUCUUUGGAGUACUGUAGCUGUUGUAUACACCCCCU